UUCGUCACUCUCUGCCCCGGACGGAGUCAGGAAGACGGCUUCUGGGUGCCGAGGUUUACAUCUCUGCUUGCAGGUCGUGAUGUUCUGUGGUUCCAGACAGCAGCUGCGGAGCCGGUUACUGCCCGCCCUCCUAGGGAGCAGGAGCUGUACGCCAAGACGAGGCGAGCCACUAGGCACUCCGGGCUUCUUGCCUGUGGCCGUUUGUGCCUAUGGCGCCGCCGCGGGGCCGGCUGGGGUUGGAGGCUGGUACGAAACUUUGGCCGCAUCAGCUCCAGCACACUGGGCGGAGGCGAUGCUCCUGGGAGCGCAGGGCGCCACGGGGCUGCCGUGGUGGGCCAGCAUUGUCGUAACCACCACAGCCUUGAGGAGUGCCGUCACACUGCCCCUGGCCGCCUAUCAGCACUAUGUCCUAGCCAAGGUGGAAAAUUUGCAGCCAGAAAUAAAAAUAAUUGCUAAGAAUCUUAACUGUGACAUUGCACUUCGAGCAAAACAGUUGGGAUGGUCAAAAAGAGUAGCUAGGCUCACUUACCUGAACAACAUGAGGAGGAUUGUUUCAGAACUGUAUAUUCGGGAUAAUUGUCACCCAUUCAAAGCCACUUUGCUGGUCUGGAUUCAAAUACCAAUGUGGGUCUUUAUGUCUGUUGCCCUACGGAACUUCAGUCUAGGGAUAACAGUUUCAGAAGGUUUUUCUAUUCAGGAACAGUUUUCAACUGGUGGAGUCUUGUGGUUUCCUGAUCUUACCCUACUUGACUCCACGUGGAUUCUGCCAAUCUCACUUGGUAUCCUCAAUUUGUUAAUAGUGGAGAUUUUUGCAUUACAAAAACUAGAAAUGUCCCGCUUUCAGAAGUAUAUCACACAUUUUACUCGUGGAAUAUCUGUGUUGAUGAUUCCCAUUGCUGCAACUGUACCCUCAGCAAUCGCACUCUACUGGUUCUGCUCCAGUUUCUUAGGCCUUUCCCAGAACCUGCUUCUGCGCUCCCCAGGAUUUCGCCAAUUCUGCCGCAUACCAAUGACAAGAUCAUACUCAGACACUCCUUAUAAGGACCUCUUUGCUGCCUUUUACGCCAAAUUCUUUUUAAGAAAAUGAUCUCUUCCAUAGUGACUGGAGUAUCUUUGACUCAUUCAUUUCACUUAAAAAUGGAAGGUCUGAUGGCAGUUCUUCAUGGAAGACUUUUUUUAUUUGAUUGUAAAUGCAGUUAGCUAUGGUUUAAAAUGCUGUUGCCUUGUGUUUUAGACAAGGGAAGAUCAGGCCACUUAUAGUGGCUUCUUUGGUGGUUGGAUCAUUGAAUGGAAAGAAAAUUUGUUUUAUAUUUGGAGAAGUGGGUGGAAUUUGCUACACAAUCUGGAAUUGCAGAAGUGAAGUAUCAGUAAAUCACACAAAUUUAAAAUGGAGAAAUGACUUUGAUGAAACAAAAACAUCUGCUAAAAUAUUAACUAGUAAUAUUGUAGAGUGACUACUACAAUGGUUAUUUAUUUAUUCAAUGUUAGAUUGAAUAAAAUAGAUAUAAAAGUUGUAAGGAAACCAACCUCAUUGAAUAAAUGCCUCUGAAAUCUUCCCUAAAAUAGCUCAGUUGGUGUUAUCUUUUUCAUGCUUCAGUAAACCCAGAUAUCUCGACUAAGAUGCAAAGGAGGGUAGUAAGUCUCCAUACCUUUGAGGAAAAAUUAAAUAGCUCGGGUUUUUAUCAAGAAGAGGAAACAAUAGGGGCAGCUGGUUAGCUCAGUAGAU